GUCUCUCUUUCACACACAAUGACACAAUCACGCGAAGAAAUUAUCUACGAAUAGAAAUCGAGUCCGGAAUUGUUUCAGGAGGAUUUCGAUCUUGCAAGAAUUAUCACUUUCCAUGAGCACCCAAGGAGCCUUAACGCCAUUACCAUCUUCUUCUUCUUCAAAACCUCGGUGGAAAUAUGAGGUGUUUCUCAGUUUUAAAGGAGAGGACACUCGUAGAAGUUUUACAGACCAUCUUUACGAUGCUUUGAAAAAAAAAGGCAUUUUGACCUUUAGGGAUGAUGAAAAGCUUGAGAGAGGAAAAUCUAUUUCAGAAGAGCUCUUAAAAGCCAUAGAAGAAUCGAGAUUUGCCAUCAUCAUUUUUUCAGAAAACUAUGCAUCUUCUAGAUGGUGUUUGGAUGAACUUGUCCAUAUUAUUAGAUGCAAGAAAGAGAUAGGAUUGGAAGUUGUGCUAGUUUUUUAUCAUGUAAAUCCAUCAGAUGUACGACAUCAAGGUGGAACUUUUGCACAAGCCUUUGAUAAACACAAAGAAUGUUUUAAGGAAAGCAUAGAGAAGGUGGAAACUUGGAGAGCUGCAUUGAGAGAAGUGGCCAAUCUCUCUGGUUGGGAUCUACAAGAUAGACAUGAGUCAGAAUUUAUCCAAUACAUUGUGAAAAAUAUGAUGGAGAAAUUGAGUUCAGAAUUCUCAAGCUUUACCAAAAACCUCGUAGGAAUAGAAUCUACCAUGGCAAAAUUGAUCCCUUUGUAUUUAGGUUUUGGGAACAGGGUUUACAUGCUAGGGAUUUGUGGUAUGGGGGGGCUGGGAAAGACAACUCUUGCUAGAACUAUUUAUUAUAGGUAUUCUAAAUACUUUGAAGGUUCUAGUUUUAUUCUCAAUGUUAGGGAAAGAUCAAAAGAAGGUUCUUUGCUUGAAUUUCAACAACAACUGCUUGAUCAAAUUUUGGGGGAAAGUGAUACAAAGAUAUGGGAUGUUUAUCACGGAGUUGACACAAUUAAGAGAAGGUUAUGUCAGAAAAAAGUUCUACUUGUCCUAGAUGAUGUUAAUCAAAUGUACCAAUUACAAAAAUUGGCUAGAGAGGAUGGCUGGUUUGGAUUGGGGAGUUGGAUUAUCAUAACAACUAGAGAUAAACAAGUGUUAGUUGGACAUAGAGUGCAUCAAAUAUAUGAGUUGAAUGGAUUAAAUAAUUAUGAUGCUUCAAAACUUUUUUGUUUGCAUGCCUUCAAAAUGGAGCUACCCAAAAAAGAUUAUAUGCAACUCUCCCAAGAAGUUUUAGAAUAUGCUAAAGGCCUUCCAUUAGCUCUUGUUACUUUGGGUUCCUUUUUGGUUGAAAGAAGAAUAGAUGAAUGGCAAAGUGCUUUGAACAAUUUUAAAAAAACUGAAGGAGGAAUAUUUGGUAUCCUUAAAAUAAGUUACGAUGGACUUGAGGAGAUAUGGAAGGAGAUAUUCUUAGAUAUUGCAUGUUUUUUUAGACAAAGGAAGAAAGAUGAAGUAAUACAGAUAUUAAAGAAUUGUGGUUUUGAUGCAACAAUUGUUAUAAGUGUUCUUGUGGAAAGAUAUCUCCUAACCAUGGAUGAUAAUGAAUGUUUGGGGAUGCAUGAUCUACUAACAGAAAUGGGUCAAAAAAUUAUUCUUUUUGAAUCAAGUAGAAAUCUUGGAAAGCAUAGUAGGUUGUGGCUUAUUGAGGACUUGCUUCAUGUCUUGGAGAAUGAUAUGGCAACAGAAGCAAUUCAAGCCAUAGUUGUCACACAAGGGGAAGAGGAAAUCAAUUUUGAAGAAUUUCCUGAAGGGUUUUCAAAGAUGUCUAAUCUUAGAUUACUGAUAAUUAAGCCGAACUCUCUCAAAAAGAAGAAGCUGGGCAUCCUGAAUGCCCUCGAUCAUGUUCCUAGUGACCAAAGACAUCUUGCUCUUCCUAAUAAUCUAAGACAUCUUUCGUGGAACUACUGUCCUUUUAAAUGUUUGGCAUCAAGUGGCAAACGAAAGGCAUUUGUUCAUCUUGACUUGCAGUACAGCAAAUUUGAAUUUCUUUGGGAAGGAGUAAUGGUUUUAGCCAAGUUAAAGUUCAUUGAUCUUAGUCAUUCCGAAAACCUUAUUAGGAUACCUGACUUUUCAGGUGUUCCGAUACUUGAGGAACUAAACCUUUCAUGGUGUUGUAGUUUGGUUGAGAUCCACCCAUCUAUUGGACAGCUCAGCAGUCUUAGGUAUUUACAUUUGCAACACUGUUAUUCUCUUACUGCUCUUCCCAGCAUGUCUGUUGAAAUGCAGUCCCUUACGAUUCUUAAUCUUUCUCGUUGCUUUCAAAUCAGUAUGAUUCCAAAAUUUACUGGAAUUAUGAAAAGCCUAUCAGAACUCUAUUUGGGUAUGACUGAUAUUAAGAAAGUAGCACCCUCAUCAGUCGAAUGUUUGGCUGCCCUUACUUUAUUAGAUCUAAGUUCAUGCACAAAUCUCAAAUGUCUUCCAAGCAACAUGGAUAAUUUGAGGUCUCUUGAAAUGCUCAAUCUUUUCGAUUGCUCAAAACUAAAAUAUUUGCCAAGGCUUCCAUCAACUCUAACAUAUAUAAAUGCUGAAGCUUGUUCUUCCCUAAAAUCGUUGCUAAGGCUUCCAUCAACUCUAAGAUAUUUAAAUGUUCGAUAUUGUUAUUCUCUAAAAUGGUCACCAACAUGGGUCAAAUUGAGUAGCUGGUCACAACUGCUCUCCUGGUGGCGUCUGUAUGGUGAGAGCGGUAGUCGAGUGGAAUUUACAAUAUUGUUCCAUUUCCUAGAGGGACUCCUUUGUUAUAAAACCGUUAAUGGAACUUCUUCCAAAACUGAAUUUCAGAUAAUUGUUCCAUCAUGGUUAACUCAUCAAAGUGUGGGGAAUUCAAUAAGCAUAGAGCUGCCUUCAAAUUGGUGUAAUAGUAAAUGGAUGGGAUUUGCUCUUUGGGCAUCACUAUCAGGUAUUAUAGGGUUGAAACAUGGUAUUAGAGUUCGUGUGAUAGCCCUUGGUGAUAUGCCUCAGAAUCACUGUGCCUCUGAACUUUUUACUACCUGGACACAUUGCGGGGUCAGUAUUUGCCUAUUGUAUUUGUUUCAUGAUGAUUGGGUUACUAAAGUUGGUGAAUGCAGUCAUAUUAAGGUUAUAUUUGAGACCAAUGAAUCAAACAUUUAUGUGUGGAAAUGUGGGGUUAGUUUGGUAUAUGAGCAAGAUGUGGACGAGUUCAACCAAACAAAUGCACAAUGUUUGAUUGAGAGCGUUGGGGAAGUAUUCAUCUUUAAAUUAUCUGUUGGUGAUAAUGAUGAUGAUGAUAUACAUACAAUUGGUGAUGAUAAUGAUUAACAUGACUGCAAAAGAUGACACCUAAUGGUGUUUAUACUUUGACUAUCUUUUUUUCACUGGACGAAUUUCAAUCAAGGCUUGGGUAAUUAGAUGUGCACAUGCAUUUCAAUCAGCCUGACCAUGUUUUAAUGAAUUUGUAUUUGGUUCAAUUACAAUGAUUUGAAAACAAUUGAAAUGGCAUAUUUGUGCAUCCUGUUUCAAAAUGAAAAUGGAGUUGAAGAUCUACUUUUAUAGGGGAUCUGGUAUAGACAAAUAAUG